AUGGUCUUGGUUGAAGUGAUGCCCCAGCUCCCUGCUCUGGUAUUGGCUCUGAAUGCUCCUUUGAUUGCAGUAACACCAGCAGUUUCAGAGGCUUUGGUUUUUUGGAAAAAUGCCAUUAAUGCAGGGGGCGUAAAGCGCCUUGCCAACUGUACCAGGCUUUUGGCCCUUGACCUGAGCCAAAGCAAUGAUCUUGUUCACCUCAAUGACAGUGAGUUUGAUGCUAUGCCCAGCCUCCAAAGACAGAGUCUAAACACGUGUCAACUUUCCUUUGUCAGCAACAGGACCUGGAGUGCCCUCCAGAACUUGAGCGCCCUAGACCUGAGCCACAGUAAGUUUAAAAGAUUUCCAGAUUUUGCAUUUUCACCCUUGAGGUACCUACAAUCUCUCUUUCUCUCUAAAAAUCCCAUCACAGAACUCAAUAAUAUGGCCUUCUAUGGGCUGUAUUCAUUGAAGGAGCUCAACUUGGCUGGGUGCUGGAUAGUAAAAAUUGACAAAUACUCCUUUGCUCAAUUUCCAAAUUUAGAGAGUUUAGACCUUGGAUACAACAAUAUUCGGACACUGAAAUGCAGAACAUUUCAGUUUCUGAAGAAGCUCCAAGUUCUCAUUCUCUCCCAGAACCGCCUGAAAGACAUAGAGGAGAAUGCAUUUUCUGACCUCAAUUACCUCUAUAAACUUGACUUGGCAUACAAUAUCUUGUCAAGUUUUCAAGCAGGCCUUUUCUUGGGCCUGGAAAAUCUAGAAGUUUUGAAUCUCAGUUUUAAUAAAAUUAGUUAUGAAACCACUAGGACCUUGCCAUUUCCUCCAUUUAUGAACCUCAAGUCUUUGAAACAACUCAACCUAGAAGGACAAAUGCAUGGAAUUCAGGUUGUUCCAACCAACUUCUUCCAAGGGCUGAAUGGCCUGCAGGAGCUACUCCUAGGGAAAAAUCCCAUGGUAUUCCUAGACCACCUUCAGUUUGACUCCCUGAUUAAUCUCACAAAGUUGGAUAUCUCAGGAAAAAAAUCUGGAGACUGAAGUCUCAGUUUAAAUAUUUCCUUAUUCCAAAAACUCAAAAGACUAAAAAUGCUGCGCCUGGAAAACAAUAACUUAGAGUCAUUGACUCCUGGCAUGUUCUCUGGCUUAGAAAGCCUUCAGGUCUUCUCUUUAAGAUUCAACAACGUAAGAGUCAUUAAUCAAAAUCUGGAGAAUCUGAAGUCUCUGAAGUACUUUGAUCUCUAUGGGAACAAACUUCAGUGCAGCUGUGAAAAUGCAUGGUUCAAGAAUUGGUCAAUAAACACAGCAAAUGUCCAUAUCCCCUACCUCCGGAGCUAUACUUGUCAGUAGCCAAAUAUCCAGAGUUUGUUGAUAGAUUUUGAUGAUUCUAUGUGUAAUUUUGACCUAGGAAAAGUUUGCUUCUUUUGCUCCUUCAUUCUGGUCCUUACAACCAUGGUCUCCUCUUGGUUCAUUGCCAAGAUGACUCCGUCUCUAUGGUAUGGACUCUACAUAUUUUGAGGCUGGUACCUGGCCAAGUGGCAUAGGACGGAGGAGUUCAACUAUGAUGCCUUUGUCUCUUUCACUGCCACUGAUGAGCAGUGGGUAUAUGAAGAGCUUGUUCCAGCCCUAGAAGAAGGUGGCCAGCCCACUUUUAAGCUGUGUCUUCACCACUGGGACUUUGAUCCAGGCAUAGACAUCUUUGAGAACAUCCAGAAUGCCAUCAACACCAGCCGGAAAACUUUGUGUGUGGUCAGUAACCACUACCUACACAGUGAAUAGUGCCAGCUUGAAGUACAGCUGGCCAGCAUCAAGAUGUUCUAUGAGCACGAGGAUGUCAUCAUCUUGAUCUUCCCGGAAGAGAUCCCAAACUAUAUGUUAUCCAGCUACCACUGACUCAGGAAACUUGUGAAUAGGCAGACAUUUAUCACCUGGCCAGACAGUUUCCAAGAGAGGCCACUCUUCUGGGCUCGUAUUAGAAAUGCAUUGGGUAACAAAUCUGUGGAGAAAGACAACGCACAGCUAAUUGUGGCCCAGUGACUAGAAGUCUUUGUGACCUCAAAUCCAAUGUUGCCCAAGGUGUGUAUCGACUAAGAGUGUGACUGAAUGUA